AUGGGCAGCCGCGCCGUCCAAUCGGGCGCCGCCAGCUACCCGCGCGGCCCCUCCCUCCCCGCCCCCCCUCAGGAAGCGCCGACGGACGCGCGGGGCGGCCAAUGGGGUGGCGGCGGGGAGGCGCCGGCGCGGAGCGACGCGAGCUUCAACCAACCGGCGGGCGGCGCUGGCGAGCGACGUCCAAUAGGCGCGGGGGGGCGGGGAGAGGCGCGGGCGGCCCCGCCCGCCGCCGAGCCACGGUCGCCGUGGCGACCGCGCACCGGCCCCGGCCCGGCCCCGCCGCCAGCGACCGCCGCCCCCGCCACCCCCCCCCGCCGCCGCCGCCGCCGCCGCCGGGCCGGGCCGGGCCGAGGCCCCGCGGGGUCCCGGCGGCGGCCCCGGGCAGGCCCCCCCCGCCCCCCCGGUCGCCAUGGCAACGCAGACCUACGUCACCGAGCUGACGGCGCCUCCCGCCACGCAACAACAGCCGGCCCCUCCCCCGGCCGCCCCCACCCCUUUCGGGGCGGAGCUUCCUGGGGGCCCCGCACCCCCCGCGCCCCCCCCGCCUCCCCCCGCGCCCCCCGCGCCCCCCCCCCCCAGCAAUACAUCGUGGUCACCGUCUCGGAGGGCGCCCUACGGCCCAGCGAAGCGGGGGCUGAGGGCAGCCCUGCCCCCCCCGCGCCCCCCCCGGCAGGACCCAGCCCGGUGCCGGGCACCCAGCGCUCCCCAGCACCCAGCAGCACCAGCACCCCCAAACCUGGCCCCCCCCAAGCGCUGCCGGGCCCCCAGGAGGUGCAGCAGCUGCCGCCGGUGCCGGUGCAGCACGUGUACCCCGCGCCGGUGCCGUACGUGGAGGGCGGCGACGGCACUUACCCCCCCGGCACCAUCCGCUCGGGGUCGUACCCCUACGCCGAAACGCCGCUCUACGGCCAAAACGCCGGCACCGGUUACUACGAGGCGUCCGGGGGGGGGCCCGGUACAGCCCAGCCCGCCCCCCCCACUUCGCAGGCGGGUGCCGGUAGCGCCCCUGUUCCCAUGUACGUCUCGGGGGGGCAAAUCUUGGGGACCCCCCCCGCCGGCACAGCCGCCCCCAGCACCCCCGGCACCACCGGAACCGCCGGCACCGCCGCCGGCACCUACGUCAUCCAGGGGGGGUACAUGCUGGGGGGGGGCGGCCAGUCCUACUCCCACACCACCCGCGCCUCCCCCGCCACGGUGCAGUGGCUGCUGGACAACUACGAGACGGCGGAGGGGGUGAGCCUGCCGCGCAGCACCCUGUACUGCCACUACCUGCUGCACUGCCAGCACCACAAGCUGGAGCCCGUCAACGCCGCCUCCUUCGGCAAACUCAUCCGCUCCGUCUUCAUGGGGCUGCGCACCCGCCGCCUGGGAACCAGGGGUAACUCCAAGUACCAUUACUACGGGCUGCGCAUCAAGGCCAGCUCCCCGCUGCUGCGGCUCAUGGAGGACCAGCAGCACCUCGCCAUGCGCCAGCAGCCCUUCGCCCAAAAGCAGCGGCUGAAGCCCAUCCAGAAGAUGGAGGGGGUGACCAACGGGGUGGCCGUGGGGCAGCAGCCGCCGGCCGGGCUCUCCGACAUCAGCACCCAGGUCCAGCAGUACCAGCAGUUCCUGGACGCUUCCCGCACCCUGGCCGAGUUCCCCGCCAUCGAUCUCCAGGGGAAGCCGCUGCCCGAGGGCGCCUGCGCCGAGGACGUCAAAGCGUUCCAGCUGCUCUACCGCGAGCACUGCGAGGCCAUCGUGGACGUGAUGAUCAACCUCCAGUUCACGCUGGUGGAGACGCUGUGGAAAACCUUCUGGAGGUGCAGCCUGAGCCAGCCCAGCGACGCCGCGCCCGCGGCAGUCCACGACGAGGCGGAGAAGCGCCUGCCCAAGAGCCGCCUCGUCGUCCUCUCCAAGUACGAGCCCGUGCUGCGGUGGGCCAAGGACUGCGACCACGCGCUCUACCAGGGGCUGGUGGAGAUCCUCAUCCCCGACGUCCUCCGGCCCAUCCCCAGUGCCUUGACGCAAGCGAUCCGAAAUUUCGCCAAGAGUUUGGAGAGCUGGCUAACGAACGCCAUGAUGAACAUCCCCGAGGAGAUGGUCCGCGUGAAGGUGGCGGCAGCAAGUGCCUUUGCCCAGACGCUGCGGCGCUACACGUCCCUCAACCACCUGGCGCAGGCGGCGCGCGCCGUCCUGCAGAACACGGCGCAGAUCAACCAGAUGCUCAGCGACCUCAACCGCGUCGACUUCGCCAACGUCCAGGAGCAGGCCUCGUGGGUGUGCCGGUGCGAGGACCGGGUGGUGCAGCGGCUGGAGCAGGACUUCAAGGCGACGCUGCAGCAGCAGAACUCGCUGGAGCAGUGGGCGGCCUGGCUGGACGCCGUCGUCGCCCGCGUCCUCAAACCGCACCAGGGCACCCCCGGCUUCCCCCGCGCCGCCAAACUCUUCCUCCUCAAGUGGUCCUUCUACAGCUCGAUGGUGAUCCGGGACCUGACCCUGCGCAGCGCCGCCAGUUUCGGCUCCUUCCACCUGAUCCGGCUGCUCUACGACGAGUACAUGUACUACCUGGUGGAGCACCGCGUGGCGCAGGCCCGCGGCCAGAGCCCCAUCGCCGUCAUGGGAGAGUUCGCCAACCUGACGAGCUCCCUCAACUCCCUGGACCCCGAUAAAGACGAGGAAGAGGAGGAGGAAGAGGAGAGCGACGAGGAGCUGCCGCAGGAGAUGGCGCUGGGGCCGGGGGAGGGAGCGGCGCUGCCCCCCGACCCCCUGGAGCCCCCCCCGGCCAAACUCCCCCGCACCGACGCCCGCGGCCUCUUCGUCCAGGCCCUGCCCUCCAGCUGAGGCCCCCCCCCCCCCCCACCCCCGCCCCGGUAACACCCCUCCCCCUUCCUUUCGUGCUUUCACCCCCGCCUGGGCCCCCCCCGUGUCCCCCCCCCUUUUUCCGGGGGGGCCCGGGGGGGGUGACAAUGUGCCUUAAGCAACGCCGGGACCGUGUGCCAAAGCCCCCCUGCACCCCACCCCCCCCACCCCACCCCCC